CCAAAAGCGCUAAUCAUUAAAAUUCUAAAUCAAAAUUAAAAGCGGAAAAAGUAAUUACGAGGAUAAACAUCACGAGAUCUGGACAUUUUACCAGGAAUGAUUUAACCAAGAAAUUUGAGAAGUUUUUUAAUGAAAAUUGUCAAUAUUGAUGCAUGUUUGGCAGUCCGCAAUUCUGAUCUUACUUACAUAGAACUGGCUUGGACGGCGAGACACUUUGACACAACAUAUUAACCUACUCCGGAAGAGUACAAAACCACAAAAAUCACAACAAAUGGCACAAGAUUAUGAUCGCAAUUAUAAGUUUAUUAUAUUGGGCGACGCAGCUGUCGGCAAAAGUAGUCUGUUACUACAAUUCACAGAAGCAAAACAUCAAGUUAGUUAUAUAACAACAAUAGGAACAGACUUUAAAGUGAAAAUAUUGAACCUGGAUGGAUGUAGACACAAACUCCAUCUAUGGGAUACGGCUGGUCAGGAACGAUUUCGAACCAUUGUCACAACUUACUACAGAGGUGCCCAAGGAGCAUUGAUUGUCUAUGAUGUGACGAAUGAGGAUUCAUUUCACCAUGUUCGGUCAUGGUUACAUGAGUUGCAUCAAAAUUGUAUAGGAGCUACUAUUAUUAUAGUUGGAAAUAAAUGUGAUCAAACAGAGGACCAAACAGUGCCAACAGAAGCUGGAGAGGAGUUUGCAAGGGAACAUGGCCUCGCAUUUUAUGAAACCAGCGCCAAAGAAAACAUUAAUGUUCACGAGGUUUUUGAAGAUUUAACACGGCAAGUCUACAAGGCAGAGCUGGAGGCCAGAUCUAUGGACAUCAGUGAUUUUAACAGUGCUGUGGAUGUAAAUGAUAAUAAUAGCGUAAAAGAAACAAAGCCAUGUUGUUGAUGGUAUUUAUUCAAGGGUUGAACUAGGAAUACCUCAAUCUUCAACCUUGUUGAGAGAAAUCCAGGAAACAUUGCUCUCCAAGAUAUAUUUUCUCAAGAUGUUUUCUAAAAGCUUGAAACAAUUCAAUUUUUAAUGGAAUAAAUACCAAGCUUGGAAUCCCCUUCAGUUCCUGUCUAAACUUAGGUAAAUAAAAAACAAAAUUGCAAAAAUACUACAACUUAAUUCUAAUACUUCACAUGUACAAAAACAUCCAGUAAAAUGCACCUCACAGAAUUUGACCAAUCCACCAUCAUAAUUACUUAGUAUGUUAUGUAGUAGUAAUUACUUGUUUAACAAUCAUCCAAUUUUACAUAUUAAAUAAAUUACAACAACAAGCCACCCAUAGCUUGUUGUAUUUACCAUUUCAAUAUCAGUAAUUCAUGCAAGAAAAUCCGUAACAAUUUGUAGUAACUCUUUUGGUUUGUCAGUGUGUACAAAAUGUCCAGCACCAGGAAUCAUUUCAAGUCUGGCAUUUGGGAACAUUUUUCUCAUUUCAUUCAUAUCAACAUUUCUAUAAAUAAAUAUAUAUCUGAAUAAUA